CGCGUCCCCCCCCACCCCUCCCCGGGUCCCCCGGCCCAGCCCGGGCGGCUUGUCUUCGGCCAGACAUGGACUUCAGGGAAAUCCUCCUGAUCGCUUCCAAAGGGCAAGGUGUCAAUCACGUCCCGAAACGGUAUAGUUUGGCAGUGGGGCCUCCCAAGAAAGACCCAAAAGUUAAAGGCGUCCAGUCGGCAGCUGUGCAAGCUUUCCUUAGGAGAAAAGAAGAGGAGCUCAGACGGAAAGCCUUAGAAGAGAAGAGGAGGAAAGAAGAACUCGUGAAGAAACGAAUCGAGCUCAAACAUGACAAGAAAGCCAGAGCCAUGGCCAAGAGGACCAAGGACAAUUUCCAUGGGUAUGAUGGCAUUCCCCUUGAGGAAAAGUCAAAGAAGAGGCAGGCGGCGGACAACCAGCUCCACCAGGGGACCGACCAGGAGUGUGAUGUGGAGGAGGAAGACUUCCUGGACUACGGUCAAGUUGAGUUGGAGCAGGAGUAUGAGGAGGAGCCAGAGCCUCCCAAAGCUGAGAGCAAACCAAAGGCCCCGCUUAAAAGUGCCCCUCCGCCCAUGAACUUCACUGACUUACUGAGGCUAGCCGAGAAGAAGCAGUUCGAACCGGUGGAGAUGAAGGCGGUGAAAAAAGCCGAAGAGCGGCCCAUGACUGCGGAGGAACUGAGGGAGCGGGAGUUUCUUGACCGGAAGCGUAGGAAGAAGAAACCUGAAGCGGCGGAUGCCAAACUACCUCCACCUGUGUCCAGAAGGGCCCCACCCUCUCAGAAAGACAGCGUGGGCACAAAGCUCAGCAAGGGAUCUGGGGACAGGCAGCUCUCUUCCAAAGGAUUGCCCUCUUCUCAUGCUGAGAAGAAGUCCAGACUCAGCACAGCCAAUGAAAAACAAGGAGCUUUGUCUUCAUCCAAACCCAUGCCGGGGGAGAGGGCCAAGGCGGGAUCUGGCGCUAGCUCCCAACCCUCACUUAGGGAAGGUCACAACAGACCUGUCUUCAAUGGGGCUGGGAAGCCACGCCCCAGCACCUGUUCGCCAAGUGUCCCAAAGACUUCUGCUAGUGGGACUCAGAAGUCCUCUUCUGAGCACAAAGCCAAAAAACCUCUUCCUUCUCAUCCCAGCCAUUCCAAGCCUGGGCCCACAGCUCCCUCACACAACAAAGCUAAGGGUUCAGGUAUCAGACAGCCGGGCAGUAACUCUGGCUCAACUCCUGGGCGACCUAGCCCAGGCACAGCUGGGCCCACCCUUAGUUCUGGCGCUACGCCUAGGCGCCAGAAUGGCAGCUCCAGCUCAGGACCUGAGCAACCUGUCAGUGGGAUCAGAAAGCUGGCCAGCAGUUCGCAUCCUUCUGGACGGACAGUCAAUGGCACAAAUGGUCCUGGACGACCUGUGAGCAGCUCAGCUGGCCCUGGGCGACCCGUUAGUGGCCCCAGUGGUUCUGGAAGACCUGUGAGCAGUUCUGGAGGUCCUGGGCGGCCUGCAAAUAGUCCACAUGACAUUCGACGACCAAUGAGCGGCCUCGGCUCCCCUGGACGGUCAGUCAGUGGCCCUGGGAGAUCCGUAAGUGGUUCCGUUCCAGCAGGACGACCUGCCAGUUCAGGUCCUGGAAGACCAGUGAGCAGCUUAGGACCCGGACGAACAGUUAGUAGCCCAGGCCUCCCCAUAAAACCCAAGUGCACUGUUGUCUCAGAAACAAUUUCUUCAAAGAAUAUCAUUAGUCGGUCAAGCAAUGGACAGAUAAAUGGAAUGAAGCCUUUCCCGUCUGGCUACAGAUCUGCGCAAGGUCCUCAAAGGCUCCCCUUCAUUACUGGCUACAAAAGGCCUCGAGGGUAUGAAGAAGAAGAUGAUGAUGAUGAAUAUGACUCGGAAAUGGAUGAUUUCAUCGAAGAUGAAGGAGAAUCUCAGGAAGAAAUAUCCAAGCACAUUCGGGAAAUUUUUGGCUAUGACCGAAAAAAGUAUAAAGACGAAAGUGAUUAUGCCUUACGUUACAUGGAGAGCAGCUGGAAGGAGCAGCAGAAGGAGGAGGCCAAGAGUUUAAGACUGGGUAUGCAAGAGGACUUAGAGGAGAUGAGGCGUGAAGAGGAAGAAAUGAAACGUCGGAAGGCCAAGAAGCUGAAGCGACAUUAGCUGCUGCUGAGUCUGGAAUUCUGGGGCACCGCUGGAAGAUUUCCGUCUUCAGACGGUUUAGAUUUCCUUCUCAGUUUAGAUUUCCGCGUGGACACUGGAGAGGAAGGGAUGAAGGAAUGCCGGCUGUCAUUUGAGUGAACAGUGUCUUCAGAUAGUCCAGGGUGGAAUCUGUAAGCAGACGAUAGCUACGCCGCUUGCCGUGUGCUCUGACGAGUUCACCAUUCACGGGGCUGGCUUUGAUCCCGAAGAGCUCUGCUAUGCAUACCAAUGCGGGGCCAGUCACGUCCGCUGCUCUUGUACUGUUCCUUUGCUACUUUAAAGGAGAAAAAAGAUUGAAGUGUGACUUGUCCCUCAGACCUGCCCUCAUGAAGGGCCCGGCCCCGGCCCCUGUGAAUGCUGCCAGCAAUAAAGUGGCCUGUCCCAGUCUGUUUGAAUUGAAAACCCAGGGAAGAGUAGGCUGUGUAGGUAUUAAUUACAUGGUUGCCAUCCCUGUGAUUUUGACGUACAACAUAGAAUUAGAUUGUAUUCAGCAUUAUUUGUGCAUUGGAUGCUAAGCAUUCUUGAUUUAUAUGAUUAGGUAAUAAAAUUUUUCUAAGUUAAAACACAAAUUUUGCCAGAACAAGAAUAUUCUUUCCCAGUUCUCCUUUCAGGCUUUCCCUGUCACACUGACCUUAGCGUGACGUGGGUGAGGGCCCUACUAUUAUUGUGUUGUUUUGUUUUUGUCCUUUUUCUUUUAAUUCCUUUUUAUAUUAAAGAAAGUUAUUCAAAUAUUAGAUUUGAAAGAAUAGUAGUUUAAAAAUCAGCAAGUGACAUGUGUAUGAACCCUGUGCUUUAUUCCCCCCAUUAUAAAAGAUAUUUUGGGACCCUAAAGUGCCCCUGUACCUCUUGAUGUUAAUAACAUUGCUUCAUUUUUAGCUUAAAUUUCUUAGAAAGCGUUAAUGACCAAAAAACCAAAAACGAAAUAUUUAGUGUGUCAAGAGCACCACCUUCUCUGUAUUGCACUUUUAUUUCUAACUAUGCACUGUGACGAGACAUUUUCCCCUGUUGUUGGUGUUUUACUGAGCUGUGAAGCUUCCUCAAGUUCUACCCUUCCUAAAGUCGGACCUGUGGACUUUAUGUCACUUAGGCCGAGAAUCCAUCCGGGCUGAUCUAGGGUCUGGCCAGAAGGAAGCCAUGUCUCAAGGACAGUCAGCAACAGAAAAUGAAGUAGGAUGCUAGAGACCCAAGGGCUGGGGGCAGUCAGAAUUGAGUUUGUGGGACAGUUCCACCGUUAAUCUGGCUGUCUUCAGCUAUUAAGCCAUGAGGGAUGGGGCGCUGGAGAGGCUGUUCUACAAAGAACUCUUACUUUUUAACAGGCCCAGACUCCAUGUAUUUUGUCUAUGAUGACCUCAUUCUUUAAGCUUGAGUAUUAUGACUGAUUAUUUUUAGCCUUCCUUUGUGGGACCAUUUGACCCAGUCCUUAAACCGUGAUCAUUUUGAAUUGAGUUUCAAACUUUGAAAGUGCAAGGAUUUAAUUUUAGAGGUUCUAAUAUCCUAACUCUCCAUGUAGGCUUCUAUAUACUGGCAGCAGACAGCUGUUGACUUUCCCUUCUCUACCUUGCUGUUAAUUUAAAGGGAGUAUGAUCUUCCAUCUGAUAAAGCAGGUUUGAAACAUUAUUUUAUUGCUAUCACUUGCGUGUUUCCCCCCUCCUUCGUGACUUUCUUGGAUAACCUUUUUUUCACUAUUCAUACUUUGGAAUUUAUAAUUGCGGUCAAGGGUUUUGGUGACUGAAAGUACUGUACUCAGUUUCAGGGUGCAGCUAUUUGCACAGAAAGGAGCCAUUAUGCUAGAUUAAAGUUUCAGAACUUGGUAAAGAAUCAGGUUGUAAUGUCUGUCGUGUCUGAAUGCAUUUCUGUAACAGAUAUGCAUCAACUUUAUGUUGGGGGGAAAAAAACCCACAGGAAAGAGAGAUUGUAAGUCCAAAUCAUGUCUUCCGUUUUUCUCUUCUGUAUUUCCUGACCACUUAGAAAAGCUCACAGGCCUGUGAAAAGACAGGAGCAGGCUAUUCUUUUUUCAAGGUUUACAAAUUAAGUGCUUGAUUUUUAAUGUAUGCUCUCCACUGUUUUGAUUUUGAUUCAAUGUUUGAAGAUGUGCCUUUUAUUGGGUGAUGUUAAUUCUCGAAUGUAGUAAUGUUUCACGAUUGUAAUGUUACAUGAUCAUGGGUGUGGCAUUUUCUAACAAAUUAUGUGACAAGAAAGUAGUUUUCAUAAAACUUGUGGCUCUGAUUGCACAGUUCCACUUGCUAAAGCAAAGGGCACUUUCUUUCAAGGCUACUUCAGAACUGGUCUUUGUACUUUCUGUAUGCAAUGGAAGCAGUUAUGUCCACAUGUCAUGGGCAGCCCUCUGCGUACCGUGAGAAAGUUCAAAGACUGUUGACAGAAAGUCUAAGGGAACUCGGAAUUUCAUUUUUGUAAUGGUAACCCCCCCCCAAGAUUUUCUCCAAGAAAUAAAUUAUUUUGUAUUUUAUAACUUAAAAGCAGCUAGUAGUACAUUUCUGAGAUAUAGCAGGAGACCAAAACAUUUUUGGAAAGAGAAUAAAUAUAUGAACAGAGACUGGUUGUUUUAUUUUCAGUGUGCUGAGUAGACUAUUUAUUUUGUGAGUGGAUGUGAUGAAGUAAAUAUUCAGGUGUUCAGUUUAUGAUUAAGAGUGGAAUAUAGAUUUCUUUGGAGUUAUUAAAUCCACAAUGUCUUUCACAUAACGGACAGAUCAAAUGUAAAAGAAGAAAAUUUUCACAUAGCUUAGCUUGGUUUCUGGUGCUGUUGACCUGCAGAAGAAUAUACUUUUGCAAAUACAGGUGAAUGUUUUGCAAUUUGUGUAUAUAAGAAAUUGUAGGCAUUAAAAUAUUUUAUUGAUAA